AUGGAGGUGCUCUAUAUGCUCCUGGCAGCUCUCUUCUUGACAGCAUCCAGACAAGCCCAGGUGAGGCCAACAGAGUCUCCUGUCAGCCUGAAGAGCAGAAUCACUGGAAAUGCCUCUGUGGAGUCAGGCGUCCUUGACAUGGCUGCGCUCCGGCUGGCAAACGGCAGCGGUCCCUGUGGAGGAACGGUGCAGGCGCUGCACCACGGGCAGUGGACACCAGUGUGCCGGGAGUCCUGGAGCAUCGCCGCGUCCCGCGCGCUCUGCAAGCACCUGCACUGCGGAGAUGCGGAGGAGCCCAGUGUGGCAGACGCUGCUGCUGUGGGGCCAGCUCCCUUCAGCCCCAGAGCCAUUCCCUCAGCACACACUGUCUGCGUGGCCACGAUGGCCAACUGCAGUGGCUGGGAGAAGGGGCCCUGCCUGCUGCCUUUGGGCAUCGCGCCCCACUGCUGCAGAGCAGGGCUGGCUCGAGCUACCUGCACAGGCUGCGGCUGGCGGGACGCCGACGUGGUGUGCCGGCAGCUGCAGUGCGGCUGGGCUCUGCACGCGCUGGGCAGCGCUGCCUUCGGCCGGGGCACCGGGCUCAUCCUGCGGGACGACGUGAGCUGCCAAGGGCACGAGGACCGUCUGUGGGACUGCCCCGCCGUCCAGGAACACGACUGCAGCCACAAGGAGGAUGCUGGGGUGGUGUGCUCAGAGCACCAGCAGUGGCAGCUCUCCGGAGGCCAGGAUGGCUGUGCUGGCCGUGUCGAGGUCUUCUUCAGGGGCACGUGGAGCACGGUGUGUGACAGCACGUGGUAUGAGAUGGAGGCCAGCGUGCUGUGCCACAUGCUGGGCUGCGGGCCGCCCCUCGAGCGGCCCUCCUUCAACCACACGCUGCCUGGCAAGAUGCUUUACGAGUGCACGGGGCUGCAGCCAUCGCUGGCCCAUUGCAAGUGGACCUACAACAAGUCAGCUCCUUGUCACCAGUCCCGGGCAGCUGGUGUGAUCUGCAAUGCUGGGGAUUCCCCGAGUGAGGGAACCCAGAUCCCGCCACUCCUCAUCGUGUGCAUGGUUCUGGGUGCGCUGCUCCUGCUCACCACUCUGGCGUUCAUCAUCACCCUGCUGAGGAUGAGGAAGAUGAAUGUUCUGGUGACCCACAGUGCUCAGGGCCCUGAUGUGCCCUCUGCAGUCUCCAACGACUACAGGCAGAUGCCCCUCACUCUCCAAAAAGGACAAGCCAAGGACUCCGACUCCGACUCUGACUAUGAACACUAUGACUUCAGCAGCAAGCCACCUGUGGCCCUCUCCACCUUCUACAACUCCCUGCGACGCCAGCCGGGGGACCAAUUGCUCCCACUGAUGCCGAGCCAGGAUGGGACGGUCCCUGCAGAGGAGCCCAAUCCUGCGGACAGCUCCAGCACCUCGUCAGGGGAGUGGUACGAGAACGUGCAGGGCGCAGAGGCAGCCAGGGACGCGUCCGUGUGCUCUGGUCGGCCGGCUCCUUCCUGCCCCUCGGGGGGAUGUGCGCAGGACCCUGACACCUCGGACGGCAGCGACUACGAUGACAUGCAGGCCUCUGCCUACUGA